AUGCAACCGCCAUGUAGUGAGGGCUCCGGACGUGAGCACUCCUCGCCCCAAGCGGGCUCAACGGCCGAUGACGCUACACCACAAAGACAGAGGAGAAACCAGCAAGGACCACCCAGACUCCGAAUCACGGAGGUGACGUCCCCAGAGCUUGGGGACACCAGCGAAGGGCCGCCGGAUGCAGCCCCUACAGUCACAGAACCAGACGAACCCCAGAGUGAGGGCGCGAGCAGGCCCCGACGGAUGCAUCGACGGCCGGAGAGGAGACGCCGGGCCCCGGUUCACCUGGCCGACUAUGUCCUGGGCAUCCUCACCACUUCAUGCGCCGCGGGGCCGCCCACCGGCACGGCGGCGCCCGCCUGCGUCAUCGCAUCAUGCGCCGCGGCGCCGCCCACCGGCCCAGCUGCCGCCGCAGCGGCCGAGGUGGCGCCCGCCCACGCCAUCACACCAUGCACCGCGGCGCCGCCCACCGGCCCAGCUGCCCCCGCAGCGGCCGAGGCGGCGCCCGCCCGUGCCAUCGCACCAUGCGCCGCGGCGCCGCCCACCGACCCAGCUGCCCCCGCAGCGGCCGAGGUGGCGCCCGCCCGCGCCAUCGCACCAUUACACCAUGUAUUCAGGUGCUGUAUCUACCUUACGUUACCACCUGGCAUCGGGGACUGA